UUUCUAUAUUAUCUAGACUAGAGUGCUAAACUAAUCUUCAAUGCAGGAAGCACCGUACGGCAAACGCUGUCCGAGACCAACACUCAGAGUUUGCCUGCUCUGUCUUGGCUCCAUUAUAUUAGUCGGGAUUUUAAAGACACCUCUUGACUCCCUGUGGAGCAUCGACUGCUCUCCUCCUCUGGCUUGUGACCAGAUUUCCUCUGACAUCUCCGACGCGAUGAGCGGCAGAAAGGAAAGACUCAAGCAAGACGACCCCAGGCUCAUUGAGAAAAUACGCACCCAGUAUCUAGAUCCACCAUCUCUGCAGCCGUACCAGCUCACUGUUGGGGACGAUCCUUCACAAGGACAGUCUUCUGCUAUCAGGAAGAUCAUGGGCGAAUUUCGAGAUGGAUUCUUCGUCGAGUGUGGAGCGCUUGAUGGGGAAACACGCUCCAACUCGCUCGUCUUCGAGAAGACCCUGGGCUGGCGAGGCCUCCUGAUCGAAGGCGACCCCAAGAACUACGAAUUGGUGCGCAAGAAGAACAGGAAGGCGUGGACAGUGGGCGCUUGUCUCAGCACGAAGCCGUAUCCUCAUUCCGUAAUGUUUGAACAGCAAUUCAACUUAGGGAAGAUAAGCAGCAAUGACGUGGAUUUCACCUUAAACAUGACAGGCGUCAUCGCAGUUCAGUGUCUGCCCCUCUACUCCCUGCUGCUGGCACUCAACGUGACGACUGUGCACUACUUCAGCUUGGAUGUCGAGGGCUUUGAGCUGGAGGUCCUCAAAACCAUUCCAUGGGACAAAAUUGACAUACAGACACUGUCUGUGGAGUACAUUCAUGGCUCCUGGUCCAAACUUGAACUGAAGCACUACAUGAAACAACGAAAUUAUUGGUCUUACAAUGAAGUCGCUUUACCUGAAGGAUGGGGUAACGAUUUCAUCUUCGUGAAGAACACCUACAAGAAAAAAAUAGACUACCUGAAGAGCUCUCUUCGGUUAGAGUAGUCUUAGCAUCAGCUACACCCUAAAUGGCAGGCUGCCGGACUUAGAAACUAGCUUUAUAAAUAGUACCUAAAAGAGUAGUUUCAUUUAAA